AAUACAAAUUAAAUAAGAGCGUCCGGCCGCGGCUCUUCGAUCGAACACCUUCCGGAGGACGAAAGGAUCGAUUCUUUGUUGGGCGAUCGGACGAACCCCUGGCCACCGAUGGCGAAGAGCUCCUUCAAACUCGAGCAUCCCCUCGAAAGGAGGCAAGCAGAGGCUGCUCGCAUCCGAGAGAAGUAUCCUGACAGAAUUCCUGUGAUUGUUGAGAAGGCUGAAAGGACUGAUAUACCAGACAUUGAUAAGAAGAAGUACCUGGUCCCUGCAGAUUUGACAGUUGGACAGUUUGUUUAUGUUGUUCGGAAGAGGAUUAAGCUUAGUGCCGAAAAGGCCAUCUUCAUUUUUGUCAAGAACACGUUGCCACCAACAGCUGCAAUGAUGUCUGCCAUCUACGAAGAAUACAAAGAUGAAGAUGGUUUUCUUUACAUGACAUACAGCAGCGAGAACACAUUUGGUUCUCUUUAAGGCAAUGGGAAUAUGGGAAAUAUUUGUAGAUAAAACCUUGACAUAUAAAUCCAUCUGCUGUUUUAUGUGCUGAAACUUAUGAGGCUAUGCUAUUAAUUAAAAUCAUAACAUGACUUUGAUAAUUAUGAUCGCAGCGUCCAUUGUGUUUUA